AUGGCGUCAGACGCCAAAGGAGCUUUACGCGCCUUUGAAAGAAAACAAUUAACUUUCGUCUUAAUGAUGAAUGUGAACAGAUACUUCCUGAACGGUCAUCUCGUGUUGUGGCCACCUGUGGAGAAGGUUCUCAAAGAUCCAAAAUAUGCGGGCUACAAACUUAUGUUCACCGGCCAUUCCCUUGGAGGAGCACUGGCAGCGCUGGCAGCUGCACGAACAGCCAAACAAGGUAAUGAUUCUAAAAAUUUCCUUAGCAGUGCGCAAUCGUCGGGCUACAAACUUAUGUUCACCGGCCAUUCCCUUGGAGGAGCACUGGCAGCGCUGGCAGCUGCACGAACAGCCAAACAAGGUAAUGAUUCUAAAAAUUUCCUUAGCAGUGCGCAAUCGUCGGUAAUUUUAUGUUCAAAACUAGCCAUCUCUGCCACAUACAGCAACUUCCUUGGCAUGAAUCGCUCGUCUUCUGCAAAUUGAUU